UGGCUGAGUUGCUGUUGUUCCCAUUUGCUUCCACUUUGUUAUAACACCCCAACAGUUGACCGUGGAAUAUUUAGUAGCAAAGAAAUUUCACGGAUUGACUUAUUACACAGGUGGCAACCUAUCAUGGUACCAUGCUUGAGUUCACUGAGCUCCUGAGAGCGACCCAUUCUUUCACAAAUGUUUGUAGAAGCAGUCUGCAUGCCUAGGUACUUAAUUUUAUACGUCUGUGGCCAUGGAGGUGGUUGGAACAGCUGUGGCCAUGGAGGGGAUUGGAACACCUGAAUCCAAUGAUUUGGAGGG